UAGACAACAGAUCAUAGACUUAGGUCAGCUGACAUAAAUUUUAUCAUUGGUCUUGUGAUAAGUUGUGAUCCUCCGCCAUUCUCGGGUCGUCUUUUCCAUCUUUCUUGUCCCAUAUAAAAAUAUAUUAAUUAUAUAUAUUCAAAAUGGCGUCAAAGGGCGCAUUGAAGACGAUCGCCAAUGAGGAGAAUGAGGAGAGGUUCGGUUAUGUAUUCGCCGUUUCUGGACCCGUCGUAACGGCAGAAAAGAUGUCCGGAUCGGCUAUGUACGAGCUGGUGCGUGUCGGCUACAACGAGCUCGUGGGGGAGAUCAUUAGGCUGGAGGGUGACAUGGCCACCAUUCAGGUAUACGAAGAAACUUCCGGUGUGACUGUUGGUGACCCAGUACUCCGUACAGGCAAGCCACUGUCCGUCGAGCUCGGACCUGGUAUCCUGGGCUCCAUCUUUGAUGGUAUCCAGCGCCCGCUGAAGGACAUCAAUGAGCUGACCAAUUCCAUCUACAUCCCCAAGGGUGUGAACGUGCCAUGCCUGGCCAGGGAUAUUGACUGGGAGUUCAACCCAUUGAAUGUUAAGGUCGGUUCACACAUCACCGGCGGUGAUCUCUACGGUAUCGUCCACGAGAACACGCUGGUGAAGCACAAGAUGCUCAUGCCACCGAGGGCCAAGGGUACGGUCACUUACAUUGCACCACCCGGCAACUACAAAGUCACUGACAUGGUGCUGGAGACGGAGUUCGACGGCGAGAAGGCGCAGUACACCAUGCUGCAGGUGUGGCCCGUGCGCCAGCCGCGCCCCGUCACCGAGAAGCUGCCCGCCAACCACCCGCUGCUCACCGGCCAGCGCGUGCUCGACUCGCUCUUCCCUUGCGUACAGGGCGGUACGACGGCCAUCCCCGGCGCUUUCGGUUGCGGCAAGACCGUCAUCUCGCAAGCUCUGUCCAAGUAUUCCAACUCUGACGUCAUCAUCUACGUUGGUUGCGGCGAGCGUGGUAACGAGAUGUCCGAAGUGUUGCGGGACUUCCCCGAGCUGAGCGUGGAAAUCGACGGCGUGACCGAAUCCAUCAUGAAGCGCACAGCGCUUGUGGCCAACACGUCCAACAUGCCCGUCGCCGCUCGUGAGGCGUCCAUUUACACCGGCAUCACGCUGUCGGAGUACUUCCGCGACAUGGGCUACAACGUGUCGAUGAUGGCGGACUCGACGUCGCGCUGGGCGGAGGCGCUGCGCGAGAUCUCGGGGCGGCUGGCGGAGAUGCCGGCGGACUCGGGCUACCCCGCGUACCUGGGCGCGCGCCUCGCCUCCUUCUACGAGCGCGCCGGCCGCGUCAAGUGCCUCGGCAACCCCGACCGCGAGGGUUCGGUAUCCAUCGUCGGUGCCGUAUCACCCCCCGGAGGUGACUUCUCGGACCCCGUAACGGCAGCCACGCUGGGUAUCGUGCAGGUGUUCUGGGGGUUGGACAAGAAGCUGGCCCAGAGGAAGCACUUCCCCUCCAUCAACUGGCUCAUCUCCUACAGUAAGUACAUGCGUGCGCUGGAUGACUUCUAUGACAAGAACUACCCCGAAUUCGUACCUCUCAGAACAAAGGUCAAGGAGAUCCUGCAGGAGGAAGAGGACUUGUCAGAAAUCGUACAGCUGGUCGGUAAGGCGUCACUCGCCGAGACCGACAAGAUCACACUCGAGGUGGCCAAGCUGCUCAAAGAUGACUUCCUGCAGCAGAACAGCUACUCGGCGUACGACCGCUUCUGUCCGUUCUACAAGACGGUGGGCAUGCUGAAGAACAUAAUCUCGUUCUACGACAUGUCGCGGCACGCCGUCGAGAGCACGGCGCAGUCGGACAACAAGGUCACCUGGAACGUGAUCCGCGACGCCAUGGGCCCCGUGCUGUACCAGCUCUCCUCCAUGAAGUUCAAGGACCCAGUGAAGGACGGCGAGGCUAAGAUCAAGGCGGACUUCGACCAGCUGCUGGAGGACAUGUCGGCGGCCUUCCGCAACCUGGAG